AUGGUAUUGGUGUGGCAUCUCCGCUACACGCCACUCCUUCAUGAUACCCACUUACCUCCCCUUCUUCCUACACAGGACACCUCCAAGAUGAUGGAAGGGCGGAAACGUCGUUCCCUCGAAGAGGACGUCGUCUCCACAGGACAAAAGAAGGUCCGUUUGGAACAACCGGAGACAAUAGCACAAGUAAGGAGAAAAGAAGUCGAGGUCCUUCAAACGUUUGACUUCAACAACAUUUACGAAAAUGUGGAGUUUACAAAAGUGAUGACUCUAGAUCAAUACCGGAAGUGUCGUCCAUAUAAAGUGUUCCAUUAUCCUGGCAGAAGCAAAGGAGAGAUAAUCUUUCAUUUGAGUUGCGAUGGCAGUUUUGAGCUGACUGCAGUGAACAUAGGUUUAACCCAUUGUGCCACAAACUGCAAUGGAGUAGUGGAUAUGUAUGUAAAUGGGCAGCCUUUCCUACUUGGGUACAGUGACGCUAAUGCAAUGAAUUUUGAAGAGCAAGUUUUCCGUAUACCGCCGUCCCUAUGUAUACCAGGUGUCAAUGUUUUCUCCUUAGUUCUAAAUGAAUCUAGUCCGGGUGUGUAUUGGCUCUCUGAUGCAUGUGUAGCCAUCGAGAAACUUUUAUGAAUGUGCAAAACUUUUAUGGAGAGCUGAUGCGAUUCUAGUCCAAAAUGGAUAACUUUUCUAAGCAUGCGCAGUGCGAUUAGAUGAUGAUUUCGUACAAAUGUAUGGUUCAGUAUUCCAUAGCUUCAAUAUACAAUAUUCAAUUUGAAUCAUUUAAAAGAAAAAAUGACCUUGAAUUGAUGAAAUAUAGUUUGCAUAAGAUUUAUCUCCCUUCUCAUUUGAUACGUUUCAAUUAGUGAGGAAUUACUUUAUAAAGGAGUUGCACCUGUCACGUUUUAAUACCAUACAGCCUUAAAGUUUUCGUGUGUUACACUGUGUCAUUCAUUCAAUGAAAUGUAUACAUUUGAAAUUCAAUGGAAAAUGAUUGAAAAAGGGGGAAAUGUGAUUGGUUGAAUCAUCUUCUUAAUC